CAGAAAUAAGCGACCGGUGGAAACCCCAGCCCCCAGGGUUCCUUCUACUUCUUCCCUCCUAAAAAAAAGGAAUGGUAUUGAGCCUCCUCAAGAAGUCGUGUGCUGCUGGCGCUCCCACACGUUGUGAGCCGCUCCUCCUCUCACCCCCUCCCCAUCCUCCCCUCUCCUCCUUUCCUUCUCUCCACGAGCCGGCCGUCUCUUCUCCUAAAAUAACUCAAACACUCUCUCUUCGAUCUCUAAAAGAAGAAACCAACCCUAAUUUGAUCCAAAUCUUUACCCAAAUAUAUCUCUUCCUCCCCUCCCUUCUCUAGUCUCCUCCGAUCGAUCAUUCUUCUUCCUCUCCAAAAAGUAUAUUGUUUUUUUUUUUGGUAGGCAGAGAGGGAGCGAUCUCUGUUGCGUCCUCCUCUUUUUCUAGGGUUUGUGACGAGAAAUCGAGAGUGGGGUGGGAAUGGUGGGGCCGUCGAGGCAUAGCUUGCCGCAAUGGAUGAGCGCGGCGUCGAGGGUGGAUUUUGACGGCGCCGCCAAUGUGUCUAGGUCGGAUGCGUCCGCUUCGCCGUCGUCUCCGCCUCACCGGCGGUCGUCGUCUUCCGACUCUGAUAUGGGAUUUGGGGAGCGGGCGCUCUCUGCAGCGGGGGCCGCUUUCCUUUCCGCGAUUCUCGUGAAUCCUCUCGAUGUGGCCAAGACGCGGUUACAGGCUCAGGCAGCUGGAGUUCCCUACUACCCUUCACAGCCUCAGUAUGGAAGGCAAAUGGCUUCCCUCUGCGCAAAUACGAUACUUUCAGAUAUAAGAUGUUCUCCAUCAUGUGCUCAUGGUGGAAUAUUUGGUACUGAAGCAGCCCGCCCCCCUGAUCGUUUUCAGUAUAAGGGAACACUGGAUGUAUUCUAUAAAGUUGUUAGACAAGAAGGAUUUGCCAGAUUGUGGAGGGGCACAAAUGCAGGAUUAGCGUUAGCUGUGCCGACUGUGGGAAUAUACUUACCAUGUUAUGACAUGUUCCGCAAUUGGAUUGAAGAAUUCACAACCUGCAAUGCUCCUAAUUUGACACCGUAUGCCCCACUAGUUGCAGGCUCACUUGCACGCUCAUUAGCAUGCAUAACUUGUUCUCCUAUUGAGUUGGCAAGAACACGCAUGCAGGCAUAUAAAGAGUUCCAAAAUGGAGUGAAGCCCCCCGGAAUGUGGAAAACAUUGCUGGGCGUUCUAUCACCUCACAGGAGUACAAGUAACCAUCAAAACUUGCAAAGCUAUCGCAUUCUGUGGACGGGUGUCGGAGCACAACUUGCCCGUGAUGUACCUUUUUCUGCAAUCUGCUGGUCAACUCUUGAGCCGAUUCGAAGAAGAUUACUUGCGCUGGUUGGUGAGGAAGGCCAUGCGGUGAGUGUAUUAGGAGCAAACUUUUCAGCUGGUUUUGUAGCAGGUAGCCUUGCUGCGGCCGCUACAUGUCCUCUUGAUGUUGCAAAAACUCGGAGACAGAUUGAGAAGGAUCCAGCAAGGGCGCUAAAAAUGACCACGAGGCAAACACUAGCAGAGAUUUGGAGGGAUGGAGGGUUGAAGGGUCUGUUUACAGGUGUAGGUCCACGAGUUGGGCGUGCUGGACCUUCCGUAGGUAUUGUUGUUUCCUUUUAUGAAGUUGUCAAGUAUGUUUUGCAUCGGAGACACAUGGACUUAUGAGAGGGGUUUUGUUUACCUAAAAAAAGUCUAGCCUCUCUUCUGUGAAGCCCCCAAGGGACUGGCGUUGAUGCAGUCGAUGCUGCCUUUCACAUUGUUGAGUAGUUUAGAAGAAAUAUCCUGAUUGAGAGCAAAUGACAUGCCAUCACAAGUUGAGCAUGAGUCAUACUCGUUCAAUUUUGUUUGAAGCAAUAAGCAUUUCAUCAAUCAAACUGAGAUGCAACUGAAUUUUGGAGGUUAAAUUGUGAAGGCUAAUAUUGCUUUUUCCCUCCCCUUUCUUUGGAGGCAUAUUUUUUCAAUGUUUUGCCUUGAGCUGUAUAUUAUACUGAGAAUCAUCAUAUAAUGCUUCUGUUUCUUCCACUCAUGGCUACAAUGUUAGAUUGGUUUAACUGCUGUACUGUCUAGUUAUGUUCAUUUA